AGAAUCUAUCUGCUGGCUGAGCUUUACGUUUGAUUGUAAGAACAGCUGCAUUUAGUUUAAAAUAAUAGCCUAGAUGGUGGAAUAAACGUUAUAUUAUAUUUUUCCCACAGACAAUUUGCAAGUGCAAUGGAGGAUUUAGGGGUUAUGUCGUGUUGCUUUAUUACUUUCCUUUUUCAGUUGUUUUCGUGCGCAUUUGCAGAGGAUCUCGCUUCUAAAGUGGACAAAAGAGCAGUAAUGUUCAGUACAUAUGAUGAAAGCACAAGAGUUGAGCAUGUCUACAGUCAUGAGAACAGUUACAGGGAUACUGCAGUGAAUGCAGCUUCACAGUUGCAAAUACCCUCUGGUCUUCUGGUUGUGGAGUUUCCAAGCUCUUCACCGGGUCAAAGGAGAAGAAAGAGAGAGUGGGUUAUUCCUCCUUAUAACAUAGCUGAGAACUCAUGGGGUAAAUUCCCUAAAGAGCUGUUCCAGUUAAAGGCAAAAAUACAAGGAGUAUCUGAUUCAGAGAUACUCUACAGUAUCUCAGGUGAAGGCGCUGAUCAGCCACCUCUGGAGAUUUUUCGUGUUGACAAAAAAACAGGCUUUGUUUCUGUCACUCAACCACUGGAUAGAGAAAAAAAGGCAUCAUACGAGCUCAGCGCUCAUGCCUUUUCAGCAGAUGGGAAAAGAUCUGCAUCACCCACAAACCUUACUUUCAUUGUAACUGACCAGAAUGAUAACCGUCCUGUGUUUACUGAAAAUCCUUUUAAUGGACAAGUUUCUGAAGCUGAGUCAAAAGGUUUUGUGAUUAUGACCGUCAUAGCCACUGAUGCAGAUGACCCAGAAACGGACAACGGUAUAAUCAACUACAAGAUUGUCAGCCAAGAGCCACAAUUUCCAAAACCAAACAUGUUUGAUAUCAACAUUUUAUCUGGAAGCAUUUUCAUACAAGAACCAGGCAUGGACAGAGAGCAAUGGCCCAGAUAUACUUUGUUAAUUGUGGCUGCUGACAUGGAAGGAAAGGGUUUGGCAACCACUGGCACAGCAGUUAUUACAAUUACUGACAGCAAUGAUAAACCUCCUCAGUUUGAGCAAACUUCGCACGUCGUAUCUGUCCCAGAGAAUAAAGUAGGCUAUGUAGUGGCCACACUUACAGUUACUGAUGAUGACGAAGUUGGAUCACCAGCCUGGUCAACCAAGUAUCGGAUUAUUAGUGGUGACAAGGGUGGGUUUUUCAAUGUCAGUACUGGACCCAGCCAGCUGGAGGGCAUCAUCACCACUGUAAAGCCCCUGGACUUUGAGAAGACCAAGCAGUAUGUUCUGUUUGUGAUUGUUGAGAACGAUGAUCCAUUUGUCGGUUCUUUGCCCACUUCCACUGCCACAGUCACAGUGAAUGUAGAGGAUGUAAAUGAACCUCCUGAGUUUAAACCGAAGGAGCAGGUUAUUUCCAGAGAAGAAAAUUUACCAAUUGAUAGCAGUUUGGUUGAAUAUACAGCCACUGAUCCAGACAUUGGAAAAUCACAGAAGAUAACGUAUAAAAUUAGUAAAGAUCCUGCUGACUGGCUAAAUGUAAAUCAAGACACUGGGAUGAUUAAAGUCAAGAAAAUGAUGGAUAGAGAAUCUGCCUCAGUCAAAGAUGGCAAAUACAGAGCUAUCAUUCUGGCCCUGGAUAAUGAUGAUGAAAAUCCAGCAACGGGUACGGGAACCUUGGUAAUAGAAUUGGAGGAUGUAAAUGACAAUGCUCCAGUUAUUAAUGAAGAAAAAAUAGAUAUUUGCAAUCGUGAGGCCACAGUGCGUCUCUCUAUAACUGACAAAGAUGGAUCUCCUCAUGCUGAUCCCUUCCGCGUAGAGCCCCAAGGAGACACAAAGAAAAACUGGACUGCAGUGAUGAAUGAAACAAAUACUGGGAUUCUGUUGACGCUUAAGUCUGUGUUGGAGCAGGGUGAUUACAAUGUUGUCCUAAGGGUUUAUGAUAACAAUGACCUGUAUAAAGACAACUCCAUUCAAGCAACUGUGUGUGACUGCAAAGGAGAUGAAUUUCAAUGCCAAAAAACUAUUGCCGGGGCCCCACUAUCACUAUCCUUUGGAAUCCUGGCAGCCGUCUUGGUUCUGCUGUUACUUCUUCUUCUACUUCUGCUGUUCAUAAGGAAGAAACAACGCAGUAUAAAAAAGCCCCUUCUUCUUGAAGAGGAUGACAUAAGAGACAACGUCUACUGUUAUAAUGAGGAAGGUGGUGGAGAAGACGAUCAGAACUAUGAUCUGAGAGUGUUGCAUCGAGGUCUGGACAACAGACCUGAAGUGUUAAGAAAUGAUAUGGUUCCUAUUUUUCUGCCUGCACCUCAGUAUAGACCUCGACCAGCCAACCCUGAGGAGAUUGCCACAUUCAUUGGUUAUAAUCUGAAGAUUGCAGAUGAAGACCCUUCGGCACCCCCCUAUGACUCCCUCCUGGUGUUUGACUAUGAAGGAACUGGCUCGAUUGCAGGUUCACUCAGCUCCAUCAACUCUUCCAGCUCAGGACACGACCAAGACUAUGACUUCCUCAAUGAGUGGGGCCCACGCUUUAAGAAGCUGGCAGACAUGUUCGGAGGAGGAGAGAUUUAAAAGUUAUUCUGUGUUAAAUACAACAUAAUGCAUUUACAGUGUAAUUUUAUUUUCAAUUGUAAAGUGUUGGAGAUUGUGCUGGAGUCUAGGUUUAAAAGCAGAAUCCGUCUUCAUAUUCCCCCCAGUGUUAAAGGCAUAUUAGAAGUAAAAGAUAUGGGACAAUU